CAGAGCCCCAGUUACAUGUUCCUGAAGAAGAAGCCACUGCCCUCCAUCUCGCCCAAGUCCACCAUAUCCCACUUCUUCAACCCCAGGUAUGAGGAGCUCGUCAACUACUUGAUGGAGCAGACUGUCUCCUUGCUCGUCUGUAAGUACAAGUUUGAGAGGAACCUCACCAAGCAGCUGGGCUUCAUCUCAUUCCCUGUCACUGAGGCACUCAUGGACCUCUUCCUGGGCUUCAAGAAGGUGAAGGGCUCCCACAUCCGCCUGUCCUCAAACAUUAACUGGAGCUGCCUGAUGCACAAGCUGGAGGAGGCCCAGUGGGCCGCCCAGGUGUCCCGGCCAGUGUCUCAGCCCGUGUCCCUGAAGGCCUCCCAUCACAAGGCCUCUCAGCGCACUGCCUUCCACAGUGGCAUUGCCCACCACAGCACCUGCCAGCACAGCAUGGAGUCCCCCUCCACAUUGCCCAAGCCAGCCACUAUCAUGGAUCAGGAGGUGGCCGCAGAGCCCUUCCUCCACCCUGAGUUGCUGGGCUCCCAGCUGCGCACCCCUCAAGAGAACAGUACAACUGCGGAGCAGGAGCCCACAAGCCUGUUGGAGCCCAAGCUCUCCAUGUCCUAUGGCACUAGCACAGGCUCCAACCAGUAUGAGCAAGCAGUGGACAUGGGGGAGACCCAGAGCAGUGAAGAGGAUGAGGAGGAAGAGGACUACGACUUCUUUGGGGACAAGAGUGAGACCCGGAGCCCCACCAAGCCUCAAAUGGAGGCCAAGGUCAGCCACCCUGCAGACAGCCCUGGAGACCCCCAGUGGCUUAGGGGGACCCCUAAGCCACAUUAAACAUUGAAUUCCCUGCUCCUUCUCCUGGUCCACAGUAAUGCUGCCCACCCAACCAGUCCCUGCCCUGAGCAGAGGUCAGAAUGGGCUAAAUACCCAUGAGGAACUCUGCUCAGCCUUUCAGGGAAGCCAACA